ACCAUUUCUGUAUCAACCCAUUCUUCUCCAAACAUAUACAUACAUAAACCCUUUAAAUCAACCACGUAUAUUCAUAUACAUAUAUAUAUAUAUAUAAGCAUUUAUAUAUCAACCCAGCCGCUGCUUCUUCUAUAAGUUUCUACUUCUCAAAGUGUAUAUAUACAUGGGUGUGCGUAUCAUGGCCAUGCAACGUUCUUCUCUUUUAAUCCCAGGCUUACUUGUUCUUUUAAGUUUGUUGGCGGCCAUUGUUGAAUCAGGCCGUAGCAGCUCUUUAAACUCCUUUAAUCGAUAUAGUUUUCCCGACGGUUUUAUAUUUGGCACUGCCUCCUCCUCUUAUCAGUACGAAGGUGCAAUAAAUGAAGGAGGUAGAGAACCCAGUAUAUGGGAUACUUUUACUCGCGCAUAUCCAGAGAGAAACAACAUGAGCAACGGAGAUGUAGCACUUGAUUUCUACCAUCGUUAUAAGGAAGAUAUCAAAUUAAUGAAGGAAAUAAACAUGGAUGCUUUCAGACUAUCCAUCUCAUGGUCCAGAAUAUUACCCCGUCGACGACUAAGUGGAGGAGUAAACAAGGAAGGCGUCAAAUUCUACAGGAACCUUAUUGACGAGCUUUUAGCAAAUGGCCUGCAACCUUUUGUAACACUUUUUCAUUGGGAUCUUCCUCAAGCUUUAGAAGAUGAAUACGGUGGCUUUUUAAACUCCCAAAUCAUAGAUGAUUUUCGAGACUUUGCAAGAAUUUGCUUCGAAGAAUUUGGUGACAAAGUAAAACUUUGGGCGACUAUUAACGAGCCUUGGGUUUAUAGUAUUGCUGGUUACGAGAAAGGAAAAAAAGCACCCGGACGAUGUUCGAAAUGGGUUAAUAAAGCUUGCCAAACAGGGAACUCGAGUGUUGAACCCUACAUUGUUUCACAUAAUUUGCUUCUUGCUCAUGCUGCAGCUGUGGAAGAAUUCAGAAAAUGUCACAAGUGUCAAGAAAAUGGGAAGAUUGGGAUAGUACUAUCUCUCUGGUUUGAACCUCACUCUGAUUCUCUUGUCGAUAAGGAAGCAACCAAACGAGCCCUUGAUUUUAUGUUUGGCUGGCAUAUGAACCCUAUAACAUACGGUGAUUAUCCACAUAGCAUGAGAAGUUAUAUUGGAGAUCGAUUGCCUCAUUUUACAGAAGAGCAAUCCAAAAUGCUUAAAAAUUCUUAUGAUUUUGUUGGAAUAAAUUAUUAUGGUGCUCUUUAUGCUGCCAAUGUUCCUCGUCAAGAUGAUAUACAGGAAUAUAGAUAUACAGUCGAUCAAUGUGUUGAAUAUAAAAAAGAUCGGAAUGGAAUCCCUAUUGGUCCACAGGCUGCAUCCGAUAAUAUUCUAGUAUAUCCAGAAGGAAUUCAGUAUAUUCUAAAUUAUACAAAGGAGAAUUACAACAAUCCAACAAUUUAUAUUAGUGAGAAUGGUUAUGAUGAUUUCAAUAUCGAUCAACUACCUCUGAAGGAAGCUCUCAACGAUGUUAUACGAAAAGAAUAUCAUGAGAAACAUCUUCAAAACCUUUUGAAAGCUAUCUAUGAUGAUGGAGUUGACCUUAAAGGCUAUUUUGCAUGGUCUUUAAUGGAUAACUUCGAAUGGAAUCUCGGAUACUCUGUUAGAUUCGGUGUUUACUAUGUUGAUUACAAAAAUAAUUUGAAGCGAUAUCCGAAGAAAUCUGCUAAAUGGUUCAAGAAUUUUUUGAAGAAAAGAAAAAAUGCUCCUCUAAUUAGCCAAUUAUCACGAAGAGCAUAUUGACGAUAUGCUAAU